AUGAGAGCUAAUCGCUCUCUCUAUCUUGGCAUUUUUUGUGCCCUUGCCACCGCCACUUUAAUUCACUGCCAAAGCCAAACAGGUUACAUCAGUAUCGACUGUGGAACACCUCUCAAUGAAGUCGAUAGAGACAUUGUUAGUGGUAUCUAUUACGCCUCCGACGAUGCUUUCAUAACCACAGGCGUAAAUUUUAACGUCUCUGAAGAAUACGGUUACCCGAAAAACCUGAACUUGCCCUACGUUCUUGGUGAUGUAAGAGCUUUCCCUCAAGGAAACAGAAACUGUUACUCCUUAAAACCUUCAAAGGCAAAAGAUAAUCUUUAUCUCAUCAGGGCUUCUUUUAUGCACGGAAACUACGAUGGUAGUGGUGGAAACGAAAAAGCUUUGCCCGAAUUCGACCUUUACCUAAACGUUAACUUCUGGUCGACAGUGAAAUUCAAGAAUGCUUCUGAGCAAGUCAACAAAGAGAUCCUAACCUUUUCAGAUUCAGAGAACAUAUACGUUUGCCUUGUGAACAAAGGUAAAGGAACUCCUUUUAUUUCAGGCUUGGAGCUCAGGCCAGUGAACAGCUCAAUCUACGGUACUGAAUUUGGAAGAAAUGUCUCGUUGGUACUCUUUAAAAGAUGGGACACAGGAUAUUUGAACGGAACAGGACGGUACCAAAACGAUGUAUAUGAUCGUAUUUGGUCUCCGUACACCCAAGUCUCUUGGAUUUCAACCAAAACAGAUGCGUAUAUCGAUAUAUUUCAGAGCGGUUAUAGGCCACCUGAUGAAGUUAUUAAGACAGCUGCUUCACCUGAAAACGAUGAUGAUCCGAUGGAGUUGUUGUGGACAUCAGAUGAUCCAAAUGCUCGGUUCUACGCUUAUCUUUACUUUGCAGAACUCGAAACGAUUGAGAAGAAUGAGAGUAGAAAGAUCAAGAUUAUGUGGAACGGUUCCCCUGUUUCUGAAACUCCUAUCGUUCCUUCUUCAAAGUAUUCGAUGACGUUUUCAAAUUCAAGAGCUUUCACUGGUAAAGAUCAUUUGAUUUCUGUUGAGAAGACCGUAGAUUCAACACUUGCACCAAUUCUAAAUGCUAUCGAGAUUUUUACCGUACAAUCUCUGGAUGAAUUCUCCACAGCAAUAGAAGACGUUCAGGCGAUAGAAAGCAUAAAAUCAACUUAUAAAGUGAAAAAGGUUUGGAGUGGUGAUCCUUGCUCUCCAAGACUAUUCCCUUGGGAAGGUAUUGGAUGCAGCUACAACAAUCGUAAUCAUCAAAUCAAGUCCUUGAAUCUUAGCUCAAGCGGAUUACAAGGACCAAUAGCCUUGGCAUUCAGAGAUAUCUCCCUUCUUGAGUCAUUGGAUUUAUCGAACAACGACCUACAUGAAAACGUGCCUGAGUUUUUGGCUGAUCUAAAACAUUUGAAGUUCCUGAAUUUGAAAGGAAAUAACUUCACUGGGUUUAUCCCAAAAUCUCUUUUGAAGAAAAUAAAAGCUGGUGUACUUGUACUCAGUGCGGAUGACCAAAACCUUUGUAACUCAAGUUCAUGUCAAGACAAGAACAAGAACAACAUGGUCGUGGCAAUAGUAGUAGCAACAUCAGUGAUCUUUCUCCUUGUCGUCCUGGUUAUCAUAUGGAUCGUGCUAAGGCAAAGAAAAAGAGGAGCCAAUUCAGGACCAAGACCACUCCUGCCUUCAGGGAAGAGAAGAUUCACAAAUAGUGAAGUAUCUAGCAUUACAAACAACUUCAAUAAAGUGAUCGGUAAAGGAGGGUUUGGUAUUGUGUACCUCGGUUCCCUCGAAGAUGGGACUCAAAUUGCUGUAAAGAUGAUCAAAGAUUCUUCAUUUGGAAAAUCUAACGUACCAUCAUCGUCAUCGUCAUCAUCAUCCAAACAAUUCCAAGUCGAGGCGGAGCUUCUUUUGACAGUCCAUCAUAGGAACUUAGCCUCGUUUGUUGGAUACUGCGAUGAUGAUCGCAGUAUGGCUCUCAUCUACGAGUACAUGGCCAAUGGCAACUUGCAGGAUUACCUUUCAAGUGAGAACGCAGAGGAUCUUAGCUGGGAAAAGAGACUCCAUAUAGCUAUAGACUCUGCACAAGGGCUGGAGUAUCUGCACCAUGGAUGCAGGCCACCAAUAGUACACAGAGACGUUAAAACAGCAAACAUUCUAUUAAACGAUAACUUGGAAGCCAAGAUUGCUGAUUUCGGCGUCUCUAAGGUCUUCCCUGAAGACGAUCUCAGCCAGGUCGAGACUGCAGUCAUGGGCACUCCCGGCUACAUUGAUCCCGAAUACUACAGGACGUUUAUGCUGAACGAGAAAAGCGACGUGUACAGUUUCGGGGUCGUCCUUCUUGAACUCAUCACCGGCCAGCGAGCCAUCGUGAAAACCGAAGCAGGAGACAAAAUUAGCGUCGUCCACUACGUGGAGCCUUUCUUCGAAACUGGAGAACUUGAUGGCGUUGUGGACCCGCUGCUUCGCGGCGACUUCUCAUCGGACUCAGCCUGGAAAUUUGUGGAUGUCGCAAUGUCUUGCGUCAGAGACAGAGGAUACAACAGACCAACAAUGAACCAUGUCGUGUCUGAGCUGCAACAAUGCUUAGCAGCCGAGCUGUCUCGUGAGUCGUGA